CCACAUGCGAGCGGGUGCGUGGUGGCGGCGGCGGCGGCAGCGAAACCAGCAGCAGCGGCGGCCAGGACGCGGACGCGCCUGCGGCCCGAGGAGCAGCCGAGACAGCAACAGCGACGGCAACAGCGGCAGCCACUGCAGUUAGAGCAGCAGCAGCCGCCACAGAAGCAGCCGCAGCGAGCGGCGCUCGGCGGGCGCGCCCUCCUGAAGGAAGCCGCCCGCCCCCCCAUCACCGUCCCCUCCGGCGUGUUCAUGCCCCCGGGGCCCCAGGGAGCGCCAUGGCCCGAGCACGCCAGGAGGGCAGCUCCCCCGAGCCCGUAGAGGGCCUGGCCCGCGACGGCCCGCGUCCCUUCCCCCUCAGCCGCCUGGUGCCCUCGGCCGUAUCCUGCGGCCUCUGCGAACCCGGCCUGCCUGCCGCCCCCGCCGCCCCCGCCCUGCUGCCCGCCGCCUACCUCUGCGCCCCCACCGCCCCGCCCGCCGUCACCGCCGCCCUGGGGGCCCCCCGCUGGCCUGGGGGUCCUCGCAGCCGGCCCCGAGGCCCGCGCCCCGACGGUCCUCAGCCCUCACUCUCGCCCGCGGAGCAGCACCUGGAAUCGCCAGUGCCCAGCGCCCCGGGGGCCCUGGCGGGCGGCCCCACCCAAGCGGCCCCGGGAGUCCGGGGGGAGGAGGAGCAGUGGGCCCGAGAGAUCGGGGCCCAGCUGCGGCGGAUGGCGGACGAUCUCAACGCGCUGUACGAGCGGCGG